UCUGCACUGCAGUGCGGGUAGUCUGUAAACAAUAAAAAGGUAUAACCUCAAUUGAAUAAUUUUAUUAUAGUGUUUAAUUCAGUGUAAUAAAGAAAGCAGUGUGAAUAAAAAGUGAUUGGUUUUACAGUUUAAUGCUACUUUUAAUGAUACAGUGCCUGCAUCAAAUAGCAAACAGAUAGAAUAAUUAAAACAGAAUCGAAGCUGAACAUAUUAUAACCUUACAACAGUGUGAUUGAUUGUAGCAGCGUAUAAAUUGGUAAAAGUUACGGUUGUCCAGAUGGAGGAAGAUCUAACAGCGCAGCUGGACUUGCAGCUGAACUCUGACGAUGAGUCAGGCCCAGCAGCACAUAAAAAACUUCUAGGGGCAGUGACUAAGCUCUACCAGAAGAAAAGAGUGGGUGCAGUAUCUCGGAAAGAGCCUAGCCUAGAAGUCUCCGAGUUCCACUUGAGUCGGCAAGGCAAAGGGCGCAAUGAGCGCAUCAAAGUGGCAGAAUUGGCACGAUCACUCAAUAGCCGGGCAUCGUAUGCGCAGAUCAGCCAUAAGCUCAAGACUGCACAGAAGAGAGCCAAGACUUUGCCUAAACCUCUGGAACAGAUCCAUGCUGACAAAAUUAAUCGUGUGGCUGGCUAUGAGCAUGCCAAGCAGCAGCUGAACCGCUGGGAUGCCAUUGUAUACCAGCAGCGAGUGGCUGAGCAGCUCACAUUCCCCCUGCGCUCGGACACUGUUACUGUCCACCAGAGCACUGAUAUUUCAAAAAUGUUUCGGAAACCAACUGAACUCGAACUAGAAUUGUCCAAACUCCUCAAGGAACCAAAACCAUUCACCCAGGAGGAAGAAACUCAGGAUAACAAAGAUGAAGCGAAAGAAGAAGAUUACCCUAUGAGCUUAGCAGAAGUGAGAGAAAAGCGCAAAAUGAUGGCCAGAUUAAGGGCUCAGCAGUCUUACAAACAGGCUAAGGCAAUGAGACACAGCAAGAUCAAAAGUAAAAAGUUUCAUCAGAUCCAGCGGAGGGCCAGAGUAAAGCAACAAUUGAAGGAAUUUGAGGAACUUCAACAGAAGGAUCCCGAGGCAGCACUAAAAAAAUUGGAGGAACUGGAAAAAACAAGGGCCCAGGAAAGAGUGACAUUGCGACAUCGUUCCACAGGACAGUGGGCUAAAAACCUUGCUGUUCGUGCCAAGUAUGACAAAGAUGCUAGGAUCGCAUUGGCAGAGCAGCUGGCUAAGAGCAGGGAGCUAACUGUAAAGCUGGCAAAGAACAAGGAGAGUGAGUCUGAGAAGGAAGAAGAAGAGGAGGAGGAAGAGGAGCCACCACAACUGCAGCAGAUUGAAGAGGAUGGCCCUAAUAAUGAGUGGUUGGUGAAACAGAGCAAGGAAAUGGUGGAUUUUGUCAGUGGGUACCGCAAAUAUUGGGAGACCAAGGUGAAAAAACAGGAAAAUGAGGCUGGGAGUGAUACAGAGGUGAAAGGAAACAACAUUCCAUGUAGCAAUGAGUCGGAGAUGGAAAACCCCAGUGAGGGAAACACCGAGUUAAAACAGGACAAAAUAAAACCUCUGAGUAAUGUUGAAAAUAAAUCCAGCGAAGGAAACACAGAGUUAGAACAGAACAAAAUAAAAGCUCUGAGUAAUGUUGAAAAUAAAUCCAGCGAAGGAAACACAGAGUUAGAACAGGACAAAAUAAAACCUCUGAGUAAUGUUGAAAAUAAAUCCAGCGAAGGAAACACUGAGUUAGAAAAGGACAAAAUAGAAGCUCUAAGUAAUUUUGAAAAUAAAUCCAGUGAAGGAAACACUGAGUUAGAACAGGACAAAAUAAAAGAUCUUAGUAAUGUUGAAAAUAAAUCCAGUAAAUCUCUUAAGAAAAACGUGCAAAUUAAAAAUUUGUUUUUCAUGAGUGAUAGUUCUGUAAAUACAAAUGCCAAAGCAGUACACAAUAAAACGGCUUCUAAUUUUAAAGUUAGUUCUGCAAACAAAAAUGCCAAACCAGUACAUAAUAAAACGGCUUCUAAUUUUAAAGUUUCUACAUCUACGCAUAAAAAUAAAACGUCUAAAAAAAUUAGUGAUUCACUAGCUACCAGAAAUGGUUUUAAAAAUUUUGAAAGUAAAAUGGGAUCUUGGAUUGUGACAAAACACUCGCAAGUAAAAGGCAGAAAAAUUAAAAAUAUAGGAAAAGAUAAAGGCAAUGAAAAAAGAAUAAAAAUAUCAAGUGGGACUUAUGAAAUAAUGGAAACCAGAAAAAGGCAUAAUACAGAAGUUGUUCCUGAACAUCCAGGUGAAGUAGGUGAAACAAACGGACUUUACAUGAAUACACAGAAAGCUAAAAAAGUAAAGAGUUUAGAUGAGAUGUUUGAAGAGGUUGAAGAAAAAUUACAAAACAAAGUUCAGGAAAAACUAAAUCAGAUCAGUAAACAAUUAGAUAGUAAACUGGAGAACAAGGAUAACAAUGAGAUGGAAUUAGAAACAGAUGAAAUUCCCAGUUUGAAAAUGAAUAGACAGAAUAUAACAGCUGAUGUUGAUGAGGAAUUAGCAGAAGAAACUCGAGUUAAUAAUAAACGGAACAGAGUAGAACGUGAUGUUGUGGCAAAGGCAAUAGCAACUGCUUCAGCAAAAGUAACCUCUGGAGAAGACAUUGAUCCUAAUAAGUUCCAAGAGGUGACUCCGAGACUGCUUGCAUCUGAGUUGCCAGAGAUGGUGACUGAAGGUGAAGAAGCGAUGGACCAAGAGGAUCAAGCUGCCAAAGAUCGGCAUCUCGUUAUUACAGAGGCCUUUGCUGAGAGUGAUGUUGUCGAACAGUUCCAAAAGGAGAAGGAGGACGAGACCAGCAAGUCCGCAGUUGGGGAUGUGAACUUGAGUCUGCCAGGCUGGGGAAGCUGGGCCGGUCAUAAUCUGAAGCCAGUGACGCGACGCAAGCGCAAGAAGUUUGUGAUAAAGUUCCCACGGGUAAUCCCUCGUAGAGACGCCAACCGUGGCAAUGUUAUCCCUCAACGAGGAUGCUGACAAGCCCAUCAAAGA